CAGCGGAAGGUCGUCGUCGUCCACGGCCUCGGCGGCAUCGGCAAGACGCAGCUGGCCGUGGAGUUUGCGCGAAAGCACCACUACCGCUUCAGUGCAGUGUUCUGGCUGGACGGGUCGUCCGAGGCUAGUCUGAAGCAGUCAUUUGUCAAUAUGGCGCAGAGACUCCCACGCAGCGAGCUGACCGCUGAAGGUGCAGCGCAGCUCAGCGAUGCAACUAUUGAGGCUGAUGUGGCGGUGCGCGAGUGUCAGCGGUGGCUGUCUAUCCCGUCGAACCCGCACUGGCUCUUGCUUAUCGAUAACGUAGAUCGCGACCACCGCGACCCAGACGACCCACAGGCAUACAACGUCAAGGUAUACCUUCCACAUGCAGACCAUGGGUCGAUCCUUGUCACGAGCCGGCUAUCUAGUCUCCAGCGGCUG